AUGAACUGGAAAAAUUUCGGUUACGCAUGUUGUCUUAGCUGCGGGUUUAACUUUUUCCUGUUUCAGGUCCUUUUCUUCCACCUCAAGUUCGGGCAGACUUCAGUGGAGCUGGCACCAGAGAAGAUACCGACCGCGUCAAACGCCUGUAUGACCUGCGGGAUCAUAAACCUGAUUAUUGUACUUUUAAGCAUGUGUUACAUAAGGGGCAUAAUAAAGUUUAACCCCUUGCACUACGUCAUGAGAAUAUUUAACAUGGCAGGAAGACACGGACCUGCCACCGGAGCAAACAGAUACCGGAGGUUCACGGACUCGUUUAACCACUCUGUCCCAAUCCCGAACUCGCCUUCCGACCAGGAAAAAAUUACAGCGGCAAACUCAGGCUUCUCGCACCUAAAUUUGUCAGAAUCGGGGCUUUCAGACAAGUUUCAUUCAGGUCACAACAUGGGCACCACCUCCAGGUCGGUAACGCCACCACCACCUCCGCCUCCAGCCCGGCAAGGCUCAACGACUGUAAAUAGGAGUACUGUAUCAAUUCAAAGCACGGAGCCAAACACACAGGAAAAGAAACCGCCCUUUGAAAUGAUCGAUUUAAACUAA